AUGGACGGGAGUUUCCAAACACCCCAUGGUGCCUCAUCGGGCGUCUCAGGUGGAGCUCCGCCCCUACCAGGAGCCCCGCCUUCUUUAGGCGGCAUGCCUCCUGGUGCAUUUCCAGGGUCAACGACUGGUGGAGGCCCCCUACCCCCGCUUCUGCCUGGCCUCCCUUAUCCCCCACAGGCCUUGUUGCCAGGAAGUGGAGCCCCUGGGCUGGCGCCCCCUAUGAUGGGUCCGCCUCCAUCAGUAGGUGGAAGUGCCACAGUUGGCGAUGAAAGCGGUGGCCCCUCUAGCGCGCCUCCGUCUUGGACUUUGGAAGGUCGAGGUCGUGUGGAGGGUCCCCCACGUCAAGGCUCUACAGGGGGCCGCAAUUUGUACAUCCACAACGUGUCGAAGGAGGCACGGGAGUCAGAUGUCAAGGCUUUUUUUUCACAAUGCGGCGAGGUUGAGAAUGUGGCUCUGAGGGUCAACCAGAGGGUCGGGCCCAAUGCAGUGUAUGCCUUUGUUCUCUAUAAAAACGCUGAGGAUGCCAGACGCUGCUUCGAAACACUCAACGGGAAGACAUUUAUGGGGCGCUGUGUUCGUGUCGAAUACCAGCGGGGCCGUGCGGGUGGACGCAAUAGCGGAGGAGAUGAUGCAGUGUCUGAGGCUGGCAGCGAAGCCGUUACUGCCGGCGCGGGCGGAAGCAGCACCAAUAGCAGACGCUCCAAUAGGGGCAAACAACAAAUUGAAAGGGGGGGACAUCGCAACGACAGGGAUUGGGACAGGAGGGCCAGGCAACCCUUGAGAUCUGUUGAGGAUGAUCGGCGAGAUGGAGAGCCUCCGCGAGCAAGGGACUGGGGCCACGAUGAAGAAGCAAUGUAUCGGAGGGAGGGUCACAAUGGACUAAUGCCACCACAGCAACCGCACCAGCCACCACCGCCACAGCAGCAGCAGCAACCGCAGCAGUUAGAUGCACCUGUUGCUCGGGAGCCGCUGUUGCUGUUCCCGCUACUGCAGCAGCACCGUUCACGUCAGGGCAUUUCAUAUUCAAAGGACAUGUCCUCUGGCGCCCCUGGUAUUGCCAUGGCACCGGCAGCUGGAGGGUCGCAGGGAGGGCCCAGCAGCGCUGGCGCCCAGUGGAGGUGGGCGUUGGGUCGGAACGACCGGAAGAAGGUUUGUGUUACUGCCCUUUGCCUACAGGGAGAAGUGCCGCUGGAAUUGCAACAGCUUCAAAGCAUGCUGAACGUCAGUCACCGCAGUAAAUGCGAGGAGUUGGCACUUAAGCCAAUGGACGCAGCAGUGCUGCUGCAACCGGCGAGUCCAGAGAACGAAGCGCCUUUCAAUGAAUACGUAUCAUAUUUCAGGUCAAAGGAACGGGCGGGCGUUGCGUGUUUGCCCGGCGGACUGUUUUUGUAUUUUGUGCCUCCGGGUUUCCAAGUCUUCGACAAAUACAGAUAUCUCUUCCCGCAGCAUCUCAGGAACAGCAACUCUGUGAUGAUCGGGCUCCUUGGUCCCUCCCCCAGCUCCGGUACUGCUGCCGCUGCAGCUGCCGCUACUGGUGCUCCUGCUUCACAUACACCACCUGAACAGCAACAGCAGGCACAGCAGCAGCAGCCACAGCAACAGUGGCAACAGCAGCAGCAGCAGGUGCCUGGACCUGCUGUGCAGCAGGCGUGGCAGCAGCAACCUUGGCAGCAACAGCAGCAGCAACCAUCAUGGCAGCAACCUCAGCUCCCGCAGAGCUGGCCGCAACAACAAGCACAAGUGAAGCAGCAGCUCAAUAUGACACAGACAUGGCAGCAGCAGCCGCAGCAACAGCAGCAGCCGCAGCAGUGGGCUCCGGAACAGCUGCAGCAGCAGCAACAAGUCCCUCCGGUGCAGCAACAGCAGCAGCCGUGGCAACAGCAACAGCAGCAGCCACAAUCAUGGCACCAGCAGCCGCAACAGCAGCAGCAAACUGGCAACUCUCAGAGCAAUGUACCGGAACAGCAACAACAGCAACAGGAGGGACCAGCAGGAGGCAUUAGCUGGAUGCAGCAGCUUAGCAACAUGGCAGCCUUCCUAGGCCCUGUGAGGAGAAAGGGAGAAGCUCGUGUUGCACUCUCUCGGUUGCCCACCCUGCUAGGCACUUACGGCAUGGACGAAAGCGACGAAGGUAGAAACAGGGAGGCAACUGAAGGAGUAGACGGGAGCGAUACAAUAGAGUUGGCCACGCCAACACACGCUUAUAAGGAAUGGCACGACAGACGAGACAUGCAGCAGGGACUAUAA